ACUGUCAACAACCUCCCAUCCUGAAGACACACUUACCACAACUGAGAGAGUGGGGAACAGUCUGAGACCUAGCAUCAUUUAAACCUCCUCCACAGGCAGAAAAGCCAGAAGAGAAAAAUGAAGGCAAGACGUUUUGAUAUGGUCACCAUGCUGCUGGCAGCUCUGAUUCUAAUGGACAUUUUCCAGGCGACGGCAGAGACGUUGGACAUGGCGGAUAGCGCGUUCGACGAUGAGUACCUGAGAUGCACUGACAGAAUGGAGGUCAAAUAUGUUCCCCAGUUGCUCAAGGAGGAAAAAGCAAGCCAUCAGCUCUUGAAGGAUGUGUGGGAAAAUGCAGAAGCCAAAUGGGAAGCCCAGAAGACGCGCACCUUCCUCCCGAUGAGUUUUACAGAUAACCACGGAAUAGCACUGACGGCGUACGCUGCUGAAGCUCGGGCGCAGACUCCCUUUCACCGCAUGUUCAGCGAAGCUGUGAAGACGGCCGGCCUGUCUCGGAAAGAUUAUGUCUAUGACUUCCAGUUCAAAGCUUUUCAUUUUUAUCUGACAAGAGCGCUGCAGUUGCUGAGAAGACCUUGUGAGGACAGUUACAAAGCUGCGGUCUAUAGUAUAAGCCAGGAUGUCUCCUUCACGCCCGGAGGGCCCAGCCAGGCCAGGCUUGGCCGGUUCACGCUGGCGUAUUCCGCCAGACCUCAAGCUGCUGACGACCAGCACGUUCUGUUAACCAUCCGCACGUGCUUUGCAGUUGCCAUGGAACACUUUUUUGAUAAAGAAAGUGAAAGAAUUGUUUUAAUACCCCUGAAUGAGAUUUUUCAUGUGUCACAGGAUGGGACCAGCAAUAACCUUAUCCUUCAAAGCACCAACAAGACCUGCAGCCAUUACGAGUGUGCUUUUCUAGGCGGACUAAAAACGGAAAAUUGUGUGGAGAACACAGAACAUCAUCUCCCCAUCUAUCUCUACAACCUGGGUGAGAAAGACCAGAACAUUGAAGACACUGGAAUGAAAAGCCAGGAGUCCCCAGUCUUACCUGGUAUGACAAGCCGUGAAGCCACCCAAAUGCCUGGAAUGAAAAUUCCAGAAACUGUUUCACUACCAGGAAUAAAAGUGGUACAACUGGAUGAAAAACCUGAAGACAAAAGUCAAGAAGAUAUCGGCAAUCCUGCUCCAGAUCCGGUUCCAGUUCCCGGUCCCAAAACCCACCCCUCUGCAUCCUCUGGCGAAACGCUCCUUCCACCGCUGGGGACAUUCAUCAUUUCAAUCAUUACUUCUGCUAUAAAUCUCUUUGUUGCUUUGUAGUCUAAUGUAUUCUUUAUUUACUUAAAAUAUACUCAAGGAAUCCCACAGGAAACCGGCAACAGGAAUGAUGUAUUUUUUCACUUGUUCAUCAAAGUCAUCUGAUAAAAUGAGAACUGAGUAUUUGUUAUUUACUUUGUAAAUUCACAGUUGGUCC